CCUUCGAAUCGGUAUUAUUUUUCGUCGCAAUACCGUUAACUAAAGUAUAAAACAAAAGAAAAAAAUGGCUAAACUAUUGUGUUUUGCUUUCGCUUUAGUACUGAGCUCAAUAUUCAUUUCAUCAAAAGCGCUGCCCACUCCAGACGAGGACCUUUAUUUGGAAAAGGAAUACAACCGUGAACUUUUGAAUUGGCUAAACUCGGUGCAAUAUCCACAACCAUACGCCGUGCCAUGCAAAUACUACCCGACUAAUAGUUUUACUGGUCCAGUACCUAAAAGAAACUCAGAACUGAUAAAUUCACUACUUAGCCUACCAAAAAGUAUGAACGAAGCUGGAAAGUAAGGUCGCAAAAUCCUUAUACAUAUUUAUUAAGUUUAUCGUUAUGCGUUUCGUUGUAUUCUAAUCAAAACUUAUGGAGAUAACGUGCAAUGAUUAAGGAUUAAGUAUUUAUUUGAAUAUACAUAUAUACACUGACAUUAAAAAGUUAUUCAAAAAUACUCCUAUAUUAAAGAAUAUAAAUAAGUAUGUAAUUAUAUAUAGAUAAUAAAAAAUUAAUGUUUGGAAAAGUGAAUCGUUAUAACAAUCUAAGUUAAUAUUAAUUUAACAAGAAAAUAUACUAACCGCUAUCGAAAAGAAAAA